AUGAUCGAGCCGAAUGAGGUAUGCCUCAAGUCUACAGGCCUAGAAACCAAGCACAACAAAACAAAGGAUGCACGGUCAGGGAUUUGUUGCCAAACAGCUUUUUUCAUGACACCAUUUGGUGUAGUUGUCUUGGAGCCACUGCAAAGAAUAUUCUGUUUGGAUUUCCAAAAUCGAACUCCACAAAGCAUCCAGAAUAACUUGCAGGUCCAUCACGUGAAGCAAAUCUACGGCGAUACCUGGCCGGUACAAGUACAAAGGGGAGAUCUCAGGAAAAAGAUCCUGACAGGCCCACGCGUUGGAGAAAAUCCUGGCAGAUCUGUCACCUCCAACCUGCCAUUGAUCCGGACAAGCUCAGCUUUGGUGGCCGUGUACAACUGGGACAUCAUCUACAAAAGAACAAGCUGAACAAUAAGGACAGCAGAACUUCCUUCCAUGAUGCCAGCUUCCUUGGCCAACCGGACACGUGUCAAAACAUGUCAAAACCACACGUAGGCCUCCAGACUAGAUCGAGCUCUGGUUCUCUUCAAGCUGAACAUUUGGUGGAUCCAGGCUUGGUCACCAACCUUGAGCCAAAGGUGCGCCAGCCUUGACGCGCCAACGCAGGGUAGUUGAUCGAGACAUUGUCCAUCCGGAUCCCUAGGCCGCCAUACUCCGUCACCUUACUAUAGCUCUGGAAUCUAGAAAGCUAGGAAAGCCGAGCGUUCAUGCAAAGUGUUUUGACGUUCCAAGGCACCCAUAGCUUGGCACGACCAGAGGACGCACUUCAGCAAGGUCUCUUUGCAGUCUGCCAACGCAGUGCUUCCAGAACCCCCCUCAUGAAACAGUCCUUCCGGUGUACUGGGUGUUCCUCAUUGCUAUCCUUGGCAGGGCUUCAAGCUGGACGCCUAGUACCGCCUGGACAGCAAGUUCCACCUGAAAAUCAAAUGACCCCAGAGGCAGAGCAGGUAGGAGCUCUAGACCAGAAGCAAAGCGAAGCCAAAAAGCGGAGGUAGCGCCACAGCUUUCCUCCAUCUAAUUCUACGCCCAAAAGCAGGUUCGUCGCCCAAGCAAAAAUAGGCUUGAGAGGCCAGAGG